CAAAAACUUGUUCUCGGGACUUGUCCUUGUUCCGACUUUGUCAGCUUCUCUCUCGUUCGCGUGUGGAGGAAGUAUGGCGACUACCAAUGAUCAGGCUGUUUCUGGGGAGCCACCAUCCGCCGCUGUCUCAUCUGCAGUGAAUGGUUCAUCCAAUGGGACAUCUAUCAAGGCUGAAGUGACCUCACCUGUCAAGAAAGUGAAAUCACCCACUAAACCUGUUCUGGAGAACCCAAGGAAGAGAAAGCCCGGUCAGUUUCCAGAUUCGUCUGACGACGAUGAUGUGCCAUUGGCCAAGCGCAAGGAUGUGCCUUCAGGUUCAAAGAAGCCUAAGCCAUCCACUCCGUCUGCAACAAAGCCCAAAGUGAAGACAGAGCGUCUCUCAAGCCCGAUAAAGCUAGCAAAACCAGUGAAGACUGAACGGUCGCCAAGUCCCACCAAACCGAUAAAGGCCGAGCCUGUAGCACCCAGAGCUGCCAAGCCACAGAAAUCCUUUCUGGAGUCUGACUCUGAGGAUGAUCGCCCACUGGGCCAGGUUCAGCGGACUAAAGUGGCCAAGAAACCGUCCACUCCAGCUCAGAAGCCGGUGAAACGUCGCAAGUCUGCGGCCGCUGACAGUGACAGCGAUGAUGACCUCCCACUGGCCAAAGCAAAGCGGAGGCCAUCCUCAGCGUCAUCUCGCUCUGCAACCCCGGCGAAGAAGGCAACGGCUAGUAAAGUAAAGACAGAAAAGGCUGAUGUGAAGCCAAAGCCUGGCAGCCGCAAAUCUGUAAAGGAAGAGGCUGAGAAAAAGCCAAAGGUUCCGAGAAAAAAGAAGGAAGAAGAGGAGCGUGAAGUUUGGAAAUGGUGGGAGGAAGAGCCGCUUGAAGAUGGCGUGAAGUGGAAGACCCUGGCGCACAAGGGGCCAGUUUUUGCUCCAGCGUAUGAGCCACUUCCCGACAGCGUCAAGUUUAUGUAUGAUGGCAAAGCGUACAAGCUGAGUGCUGCGGCAGAAGAAGUGGCUGGCUUCUUUGGCAGGAUGUUAGAACAUGAUUACACCAGCAAAGAAAUCUUCAUCAAUAACUUCUGGGAAGACUUCAGAAAGGAAAUGACAGACAAGGAACGUAGAGACAUCACGUCUUUCAAGAAAUGUGAUUUCAAGCAUAUGUUUGAAUACUUCAAGAUGAAAACCGAGGAGCGCAAGGCUAUGAGCAAAGAGGAGAAGCAGAAACUGAAAGAGAAGAAUGAAGCCCUUAUCAAGGAGUAUGGCUUCUGUCUGAUCGACGGGCACAAGGAGAAGAUAGGAAACUUUCGUCUUGAACCGCCAGGAUUGUUUCGGGGUCGUGGUGAUCACCCUAAGCAGGGCAAACUCAAGCGUCGGAUCCAGGCUGAGGACAUCACGAUCAACAUUGGCAAGGAUGCUACUGCUCCCGAGCCUCCAGCAGGACACAAGUGGAAGGCAGUACAACACAAUAACGAGGUAACGUGGCUUGUCAGCUGGUCGGAGAAUAUUAAUGGUGGUAUCAAGUACAUCAUGCUGAAUGCCACCUCCAAACUCAAGGGUGAGAAGGAUUGGCAAAAGUAUGAAACUGCACGGCGUCUCAAGAAUGAAGUGAGCAAAAUCCGUUCUAAGUAUAUUGACGAUUGGAAGUCAAAGAUGAUGAGCAUUCGACAACGUGCCGUUGCUGUGUACUUCAUUGACAAGCUUGCAUUGAGAGCGGGUCAUGAGAAAGAUCCUGAUGAGAGUGCAGACACUGUUGGCUGUUGUUCAUUGAGAGUGGAACACAUCAAGCUCCAUGAGCAACAUGAAGGCAAAGACUAUGUUGUUGAGUUUGACUUUCUGGGAAAGGAUUCUAUCCGGUAUCAGAACCAUGUCCCCGUUGAGAAACAGGUCUUCAAGAAUUUGAAACUAUUCAUGAAAGACAAGGAGCAAUCUCAUGAACUCUUUGACAGACUACAGACUACUUCUCUGAACUCACAUUUAUCAGAGUUGAUGCCUGGACUAACUGCCAAGGUGUUCCGUACAUACAAUGCCUCAUUCACGCUACAGGACCAGUUGAAGAAAUUAACGAAAGCUACUGACAACACAGCAGCCAAGACUCUGUCCUACAAUCGUGCAAAUAGAGCUGUGGCCAUUCUCUGUAACCAUCAGCGCUCCGUUUCCAAAGGUCAUGACCAGCAGAUGGAAAACCUUCAGGGCAAGAUUGAUGAGAAGAAAGAACUGAUUGUUGCUGCUAAGAAGGAGUAUCGGGCGGCCAAGAGAGAAAGGGGGGAUAUUGAGAAGGAGAAGGCAAAGAAGAAGCUAGCUCGCUUGGAAGACCAGCUUGAGAAACUGGAAGUGCGCCAUACUGACAAGGAUGAGAACAAAUCCAUUGCUCUAGGCACGUCCAAGCUAAACUACCUUGAUCCUCGUAUCUCUGUUGCAUGGUGCAAGAAAUUUGAGGUGCCGCUCGAAAAGGUCUACAACAAAACACAACGCGAGAAGUUCAUGUGGGCUAUUGACAUGGCUGAUGAGACAUUUGAGUUCUAAUUCACAGGACGAAGGUGUGAAUUGUUGACACACUAUGCCUUGGUUGACACGCUAUGCCUUGGUUGACACGCUAUGCCUUGGUUGACACGCUAUGCCUUGGUUGACACGCUAUGCCUUGGUUAACACUCUAUGCCGUGGUAUUCUCCUCGGUUCUGUGACCAUGACAAUGUCAGUGAAUGUGAACGCCUAGUUUCCGUUGCAGUGCUAAUUCUUUGUCAAUGUACACUGCUAUAUCCUCUGACUCCCAUCAGAGUAAGGUGUGGAAAGGCUCGUUGCAGAUGGUUUGUAGCGACUGGUCUCUCUCUCUCUCUCAGCUAUGUUACCCUGUUCACGACUUGUGCUGCUCUGUUCUUAUAACUCGACUGCAUGUCUCUUUAGCUUGCCAUGUAGACAUCUUGUAUAGACCUCUUUCUAUGAGGUACCCCGUCCCGACUUAGACCUGUUUUGUACACGUCCUGAUCUGUUUCGGUGAGGUACUAGUCGGUGUCUGUCCCCCAUAGCAAUCCCCUCUAGAUGUACACAUCGUCGCUGUCAUUGUCAAUCUUGUAUACUUUCUGUACAGCUUUUCUAGAAGAUGUCUAUUUUUGCCAUUUCUGUUACGUGUUUACAGACUCUUGAUGCUGCUGCUGCUGAUUAUUAUUGGUGCUGGUUUUCUUAGUGGCAUGUUCUUGUUGGUGUUGCUGCUGCUGCUGUUGUUAUUUUGUAGCUUUGCCAACUGCUGUAAAUACUCCUAGCUGUAUUUAGUGGCUGUAGCUGCGUGCUUUAUGUUCUAUGCGCCAAACAAUCUGCCUACAUUUGUACUUAUAUCUCUUUGUGUUGUACAAAACUUAUCGCCUCUCCUCCAAUGCUGUAAUGGAUACGGUUACCAUUUUAUCAUACAUGGAGAUAUGUAAAUGCUCUACUGCUGCCAUCGAUCGCUUCACAACCGUAAUGAGGCGUGUCUACUUUCAAGUGCCAUCAUGUAAGCUGCUCGUGUGUACUCUGCUCGUACCGCCAUCCCAUCGUCAUUAUUCUUACUGGUUGUCAUGUGUUACCAUGGUUACAGCCUGUUUUCUGUUAGCAUCAACAUGCACACAGCCGAUAUGUUUACCUUUGUUGGAUGAUAGUGUCUCUUGACGUUGCUCGGAUAGCGAGUGCACCGCCACCGCCGUGGGCAUGCAUGCACUGCACUACUGCAGCUGCUGAUGUACAGGGGCAUGCAUGCACUGGACUGCCGCUGCUCUACAGGUUCUACCAUGUGUAAUUUAUUUCUUCACUGAAUUCCGAGUCGUCUCUGGUACUUUUUGAAAACCCAACCACCUUGCGGUUUCUACAUAUUCUUUUUUCUUUUUCCUGCCACUGUUCUUCGUGCUGCUGGUGCGCUGCUGUUGCCAUGGCAAAAGUCACCAAACUAACCCUGAUUUCUAGAACAUGGUCAAGCCGUACGCUGCCACUGCUGCCUACCACCACCAUGGCUGCACAAGUCGUUGGAAAGGCUCUGCUCUGCUCUGCUCACACUCAGCUCAGUGUGUUUGGCACUGCUUCCACUAGGCUCUGGUGACCUCACAUCGACUGUCUAACUGUUUUCGUAUACAGCGUAUAGUAGUGUGCGUUUCAUGAAACUUUCUUUUAUCUCCCAGACCACUGACUUGAUCCAUCAUAUAAUAAAAAAGCAAGAAUUGACUUUAGUAACUGA